CAUCACAACCACAAAGUGCAAUGGUAACAGAUAUCACUCAUCUAUCUAUCCAUCAAAAUCUGUAUACACAUAUCCGAAACAUGCUUCUUCACGGGACCUUACCCCUCCCAUUACGAUCACCCCUCCUCCGCUUCCAAUCACUAACCACCACCACCCACCACCCCCUUCGCAAAUUCUCAGUCUCAGCAUCCCAACCCAGUUACGCCAUCUCAGACGAAGAACUCCAAUCCAGAGGCUUCAUCCUUCGCCGCACAAUCGAACAACUGAACCUGGACCACUUAAACUCCGUAUUCGUUGCAGUCGGUUUCCCAAAGCGAGACACGGACAAGAUAAGGAUCGCGCUAGAGCACACAGACUCGCUGUUGUGGGUCGAAUACGAGACCACAAAGAGACCCGUGGCGUUCGCUAGAGCCACUGGAGACGGUGUGUUCAAUGCCAUAAUAUGGGAUGUGGUGGUGGAUCCUAACUUUCAAGGAAUUGGGUUGGGGAAGGCUGUCAUUGAGAGGGUGGUGGAGGAGUUGUUGAGUAAGGGGAUCACCAAUAUUGCUUUGUAUUCGGAGCCCCGAGUGUUGGGAUUCUAUAGGCCUCUUGGGUUUGUUUCGGAUCCGGAUGGGAUCCGAGGAAUGGUGUAUUCGAGAAAGAAUAAGAAAAAUUAGAUGUUUUUUUUUGGGUUGUUUUUUAAUAAUGAUUUAAUAAUUGAGAUGUUAAGUAAAUAAGUUUGUAUGAUGUAAAGAUGCUUCGAUUAUUAUUUUUGGUAAUGAGUUAUGAUGAUUUGAUCAAA